UCCCCCUCCCCCUCCCCCUCCCAGCUCCAGCCCAGAGACAAUGCGAUCCCAACCCCCCGUUGCGCUAGCAAUGGCGAAGCCGGCGCGCCCCUCGCCCACAAGCAGCUGCUUUUGGGGGUGAGCGUCUGGGCGCCGAUCCCACCCCCAGUCGUUUGCAACUGUCCGAGGAGCUGGGGAAAGUGCGGGAUCCUGCAUGCCAAGAGGCGCUCCCCUUCUGGAGGCGAAGGGGCUUUGGAGGAGAUCGGCGGAGCCCUAACGCUGAAGUCCCUCUUUUCUCCAGCUUCUUGAGCAGCAAGAGAGGGGGAGACUUCUGGUGGAUGGACUCGCCCUGGGAGAGACCAUGGCCAGCAUCUCUUCCUUUGGCAAGUACACUCAUGCCAUUGUCCGCUGCAUCCCUUCCUCGUUUGGCACGGCAGACACGAAGGCAGAGGGCUCCAAUGGUGCGACUGAGCCAGUGGACCUGGCCAAGGCCCACCGGCAGUAUGGCGUCUACACAGGCAUCUUGCGGCAGAAGCUAGGGCUGCAAGUCAUUGAGCUGGCGGCAGAUGAAGACCUCCCCUAUUCAGCACUGGUGGGGGAUCUGGCAGUGAUUCAGGGAGACACUGCACUGCUCACGCGGCCGUGGGAGUCAUCACGGCGAGAGGAGAUCAGCAGCAUCAAGAAAGUCUUGGAGGAGCUAAAAUUGCGUGUGGUAGAAGUUACAGAUGAAGGAGCCACCCUGGAUGGGAGCGAUGUCCUUUUCACAGGUAGAGAGUUCUUUGUGGGCAUUUCCAAGUGGACUAAUCACAGAGGAGCAGAGAUGGUUGCUGAUGCUUUCAGGGAUUUUGCGGUGUCUACCGUUCCUGUCUCGGGCACAUUGCAUCUCCGCAGCUUCUGCAGUAUGGCUGGGUCUGACACGGUUGUUAUUGGCAGCAGUGAUGUAGCCAAGAAAGCCAUGAAGACCAUGGAGCAGUUAACCGAUCACCACUAUGAAACGCUGACGGUGCCCGAUGACCCGGCCGCCAACUGUAUCUAUGCGCGGCUUGGCCAGAAGAGCAGCAUCCUCUUGCAUCGCAGUGCAGAGGAGUACCCUCACAGCCUGCAACCCUUCCAGAAGCUUCCAGAUUAUACCCUCAUCCCAGCUGCCUGCACUGAGGUGGCCAAACUUGGUGGGACUCUCAGUUCCUGCUCUCUCCUCAUCAACAAGAAGCUGGAGAUCUAGUGCCUAUUGAAUCUCAUAUACAGGGAAUCACAAUCCCUGAAGAGGAAGCCCUCCCUUAAGUUCCUGUGUGCAGGCGCCCCUGCUUUUCUUAACUUCUUCACGAGACAAGAGCACCCCACCUUAAUUUGGCCUUAAAUUUUGCGGUUGUCUGUCUUUUCACUACAUUGGAUCUUCACUUCCAUGGAGUCCCACCAAUAUCUUUAUUUCCUGACUCUGCUUACUACUCUGUACCCUCUAGAAAGCCCUUCACCUCUGAUUAGAUAGCUUAUCUUGUUUCUAGUGCUUAGCAGGGAAUCAGACGUUUUAGCCCUUUAGACACCAAUUGCUGCUUUUAAUAAGGUUCUCUCACGUUUGUAGCCUGUUGUGUAUGAACUGAGAGGUCCAUUGCUUUGUUGCUGAUGGGUUUUUUUUGCGUCAGACUCUUGGAAACUGGUAUUGAGAGAAAUAAAGUUUGUAUCCAAGAUGGUGACUAGAGUGGAGUCAGAAAGCAGAAAAUAUUCUGGUAGUGGAGGCUCUCCUAUUGCAAGUAGUUUUUCCAGAAGUGGGCUGCCAAUUUGGCAGACAAGUUAAUAUUACAUUGCUCCAGAACGGGGCGAUUUCCAGACGAGACACCUUUAUUUUUCUGCAGUUACAAAUCCCAUCGCCUGAUUAUUUAUAUCUAAUGUAGGGAGAAUUUGCUAGUGUACCAUGUGUACCUUAUAAUGAGAUCCCCCCGCCCCGUAUCUUGGCUCUAGAAGAAUCUGUAAAGACUAUCUUGUAUGACUGUUCAGUCUGCCACAUACAUCUCUAUGGUGCUGCAGUUUUGGGACAGAGAGAUUGGAGUUAAACCCACUUUCCCACCCCCAAACUCAGAAGAAUCGCUUUCCUGCUGCCACCUCAACAGAUAACCUCGCUGCGGAGUUGCAGGCUGAAGCAGCCCUGGAGGAGCAGCACGAUAAAAGAAUGCAGUUGUGUGAAAUGCUGCUUCCUCUCUUCCAGUGGCACUGUGUCCGUGUUUGUGUAAUGUAGUUGGGGGCCCCUUGGUAGGAAUGUUCUUGAAAGCUGUAGGGGAAGUGCCCUCUGUUGGGGAAUAGGCGUAUUGACAAAUGUAGGACUUUAGAUUCACUCACUGCCUCUUGAACCUUUUGUGGAAAUAAAAAAAGACCAAACCAACUCCUGUUCUUGAAUCGUUUUUGGCUUGAUUCCUGUGCUUUUAGGCCUCUGGGCUAGGCUUGUUAGCCUGGUGACCUCUGCUUUAAUGCACUUAGCAUGUUGUGUAUUAUUUUGGGGCAAAAAUAAUUCUGUCAAAUUCUAGAUGUGAAGUUAUGCCAUGUAUGGUUUAAUUUUGAAUUUCAGGUCAUACAGCAAUUGAAAGGGCCAAUAAAAGGAGGUGUUAAUCUGAA